CCCAUGGCUUCUUUAGCUGCCUCCUCCGCCGCCGCCUCCCUCGGCGUUUCCGAAAUGCUCGUAAACCCUUUAAGCUUCUCCACUGCCUCUGCUAGAUCCGCUCCCUCUCCUAGUCCGACCACCUUCAAGCCUGUUGCAAUUUUCAGGAAGAAGCCCGCCCCCAAGUCAAAGCCCUCCGCCGUCUCUCCGAUCAAUGACGAGCUCGCCAAGUGGUACGGUCCCGACCGAAGGAUUUUCUUGCCAGAUGGGCUGUUGGAUCGAUCCGAGAUCCCGGAGUACUUGAACGGAGAAGUCCCCGGCGACUACGGUUACGACCCGUUAGGACUCAGCAAGAAUCCAGAAAACUUCACCAAAUAUCAAGCCUUUGAGUUGAUACAUGCACGAUGGGCGAUGCUUGGGGCUGCUGGUUUCAUCAUUCCUGAGGCUUUCAACAAAUUUGGCGCCAACUGUGGCCCGGAGGCUGUCUGGUUCAAGACUGGAGCUCUGCUUCUUGAUGGAAACACAUUGAAUUACUUUGGAAAUAGCAUUCCGAUCAACCUCGUUGCCGCGGUCGUUGCUGAGGUCGUUCUUGUUGGUGGCGCUGAAUAUUACCGAAUCAUCAAUGGCUUGAACUUUGAGGACAAACUUCACCUGGGAGGGCCGUUCGACCCGUUGGGGCUAGCGGACGACCCAGACCAAGCCGCGAUCUUGAAGGUGAAGGAGAUCAAGAAUGGGAGAUUGGCAUUGUUUGCAAUGCUAGGGUUUUACUUUCAAGCAUACGUGACUGGAGAAGGGCCAGUGGAGAACUUGGCUAAGCAUUUGAGUGAUCCUUUUGGAAAUAACUUGCUCACAGUCAUUUCAGGGAAGGCUGAAAGAGUUCCAACCCUUUAAAUGAAUCAAUGCCAUAACCCAACCCCAAGUUUGUGUAUUGAAUGAAAAUCUUGAAUGCUUUUGUAAAUUAUCGUAAUGAUUCACUCUCGUGUCUUUGACGAACGAGAGUUAAUGAUCAAUUUUUCUAUCAAAACUCUGACCGAGCGGAAUUAGAUUGGGUUGAUGAGUAAUUUAUAACUCUUGCGAACUAUAAAUUAUGUUAAAGUCAAGUUU